CGCCCUCGCCUGCACCGCCCAGCCCGGCACCGCCCUCGCCGGCACCCAGCCCGCUGCCGCCCUCGCCUGCACCGCCCAGCCCGGCACCGCCCUCACCGGCGCCCAGCCCGCUGCCGCCCUCGCCUGCGCCGCCAAGCCCGGCGCCGCCCUCGCCGGCACCCAGCCCGCUGCCGCCCUCGCCUGCACCGCCCAGCCCGGCACCGCCCUCACCGGCGCCCAGCCCGCUGCCCCCCUCGCCUGCACCGCCCAGCCCGGCACCGCCCUCGCCGGCACCCAGCCCACUGCCGCCCUCGCCUGCACCGCCCAGCCCGGCACCGCCCUCGCCGGCGCCCAGCCCGCUGCCGCCCUCGCCUGCACCGCCCAGCCCGGCACCGCCCUCACCGGCGCCCAGCCCGCUGCCGCCCUCGCCUGCACCGCCCAGCCCGGCACCGCCCUCACCGGCGCCCAGCCCGCUCCCCCCCUCGCCUGCACCGCCCAGCCCAGCACCCCCCUCGCCGGCGCCCAGCCCGCUGCCGCCUUCGCCUGCACCGCCCAGCCCGGCACCGCCCUCACCGGCGCCCAGCCCGCUGCCCCCCUCGCCUGCACCACCCAGCCCAGCACCGCCCUCACCGGCGCCCAGCCCGCUGCCGCCCUCGCCUGCACCGCCCAGCCCGGCACCGCCCUCACCGGCGCCCAGCCCGCUGCCGCCCUCGCCUGCACCGCCCAGCCCGGCACCGCCCUCACCGGCGCCCAGCCCGCUGCCGCCCUCGCCUGCGCCGCCCAGCCCGGCACCGCCCUCGCCGGCACCCAGCCCGGUGCCGCCCUCGCCGGCGCCCAGCCCGGCACCGCCCUCGCCGGCACCCAGCCCGCUGCCGCCCUUGCAUGCGCCGCCCAGCCCGGCACCGCCCUCGCCGGUACCCAGCCCGCUGCCGCCCUCGCCUGCACCGCCCAGCCCGGCACCGCCCUCGCCGGCACCCAGCCCGGUGCCGCCCUCGCCGGCACCUAGCCCGCUGCCGCCCUCGCCUGCGCCGCCCAGCCCGGCACCGCCCUCGCCGGCACCCAGCCCGCUGCCGCCCUCGCCUGCACCGCCCAGCCCGGCACCGCCCUCACCGGCGCCCAGCCCGCUUCCCCCCUCGCCUGUGCCGCCCAGCCCGGCACCGCCCUCGCCGGCAUCCAGCCCGCUGCCGCCCUCGCCUGCACCGCCCAGCCCGGCACCGCCCUCGCCGGCACCCAGCCCACUGCCGCCCUCGCCUGCACCGCCCAGCUCGGCACCGCCCUCGCCUGCACCGCCCAGCCCGGCACCGCCCUCGCCGGCGCCCAGCCCGCUGCCGCCCUCGCCUGCACCGCCCAGCCCGGCACCGCCCUCACCGGCGCCCAGCCCGCUGCCGCCCUCGCCUGCACCGCCCAGCCCGGCACCGCCCUCGCCGGCACCCAGCCCACUGCCGCCCUCGCCUGCACCACCCAGCCCGGCACCGCCCUCGCCGGCGCCCAGCCCGCUGCCGCCCUCGCCUGCACCGCCUAGCCCGGCACCGCCCUCACCGGCGCCCAGCCCGCUGCCGCCCUCGCCUGCACCACCCAGCCCAGCACCGCCCUCACCGGCGCCCAGCCCGCUGCCGCCCUCGCCUGCACCGCCCAGCCCGGCACCGCCCUCACCGGCGCCCAGCCCGCUGCCGCCCUCGCCUGCACCGCCCAGCCCGGCACCGCCCUCACCGGCGCCCAGCCCGCUGCCGCCCUCGCCUGCACCGCCCAGCCCGGCACCGCCCUCACCGGCGCCCAGCCCGCUGCCGCCCUCGCCUGCACCGCCCAGCCCGGCACCGCCCUCGCCGGCACCCAGCCCGCUGCCGCCCUCGCCUGCACCGCCCAGCCCGGCUCCGCCCUCACCGGCGCCCAGCCCGCUGCCGCCCUCGCCUGCACCGCCCAGCCCGGCACCGCCCUCACCGGCGCCCAGCCCGCUGCCGCCCUCGCCUGCACCGCCCAGCCCGGCACCGCCCUCACCGGCGCCCAGCCCGCUGCCGCCCUCGCCUGCACCGCCCAGCCCGGCACCGCCCUCGCCGGCGCCCAGCCCGCUGCCCCCCUCGCCUGCACCGCCCAGCCCGGCACCGCCCUCGCCGGCACCCAGCCCACUGCCGCCCUCGCCUGCACCGCCCAGCCCGGCACCGCCCUCGCCGGCGCCCAGCCCGCUGCCGCCCUCGCCUGCACCGCCCAGCCCGGCACCGCCCUCGCCGGCACCCAGCCCGCUGCCGCCCUCGCCUGCACCGCCCAGCCCGGCACCGCCCUCACCGGCACCCAGCCCGCUCCCCCCCUCGCCUGCACCGCCCAGCCCGGCACCGCCCUCACCGGCGCCCAGCCCGCUCCCCCCCUCGCCUGCACCGCCCAGCCUUGCACCCCCCUCGCCGGCGCCCAGCCCGCUGCCGCCCUCGCCUGCGCCGCCCAGCCCGGCACCGCCCUCACCGGCGCCCAGCCCGCUGCCGCCCUCGCCUGCGCCGCCCAGCCCGGCUCCGCCCUCGCCGGCGCCUCCCAGCCUCAUUCCACAGCCACCACCUCCUCCCUUUACUAACUGCGUGUACUCUGGAGAUGACAGCGCGCUUCAGGAGGGUGAUCCAACGAACGGCGUCGAAACGUGCACGGACCAGGCUAGCUGUCUGGAUGUGUACGUGGAUAGCAGCACAUGCAGUAUGGUAGGGUACGAUGGCAGCAGCAGCGCUGGCGGCCCUUGGUUGUAUUGCGAAGUUUGCUUGUAUUGGAGCAACAGUCGUGCCAGCUGCGUCAAGCCUACCCAAGACACCAUCAGCCACGUGUGCAUGGGCGACCAGUACUACCCAGUCAUUCCCAGUCCUGAGAGCCCACCGAUAGCCGGUGAUACGCACAAGGUGCAGGACUGGAAUUCAGGUUUGCCAAACCGAUACUGUCAGUGGGCUCGGUGGAACAGCACGAACUUCAGCACGGAGACUGUCCGUUUCACUGUCAAGGAUGGCAGCGGUUCAUGUCGGGAUGUUUCAUCACCACUAUCGGUCACUUUGCGAGGCAUCACAGCAACUUGCCAAGACCCACGCAUGGUGAACGGCACCCUUGCUGGCUGUGGCAAUGGGGACCAAGCGAACGAUUGCCUCUGGUCUUUUGAGGUUCCACGCCCCGGAACGGCUGCUUUCCAAUGCGCUCCAAGUCCGCCCCCAGAGGCUCCGUUGCCCCCAUCUCCACGGCCACCAAGCCAACGACCACCAUCCCCACGACCUCCGAAGCCGUUACCCCCCUCACCACGACCACCAAAGCCGUUGCCACCGCCUACCGCUCUGCCGCAAACCAGCCCGCUCCCGCCCUCGCCUGCACCGCCCAGCCCGG